CGCCGUUAUGCGGCUAGUGAGAGGAUUAAAAUAUAUUAAAAUGAUGACAUUCUCCACCACCAAAAUUUCGACGAGUUGCCGAACCUAUCGUAUACAUACUUAUACUGUAUAAGAUCGUGAUGAUAUUUCUAUCCUGCAUUGCAGGUCUCAUACUGUGAAUAUAAACUUACUCCUUUCAAUUCUAUCAAAAAAUGUCAGCAAUGAGGAUGAAAGCAGUAAGGUGUCCUACUGAUGAACUUAGUAUUACAAAUUGUGCUAUAAUCAAUCCAGAUGACUUCCCAGAUGAUGUCAGGCAUAUUGAAGUUACCACCGCACCAAAUCAUCAUUUUGUAUUUACUGUAAAACGGCAUCAUGAAGUACCUAGGGGAACUGUUGGAUUUAGCUUACCUCAGAGAAAAUGGGCCACUCUUUCCCUUAAUCAGGAAAUUGAAGUGCGACCGUAUCAUUUUAAUCCUACCUCAAGUACAGAAUGUUUAUGCACUAUUGUCUUGGAAGCAGACUUUUUACAAAAAAAAUCGACUACUUUGGAACCAUAUAACACUGAUGAAAUGGCUAAAGAUUUUUUAUUACAAUUUUCGGGGCAGGCAUUCACCGUGGGUCAACAGCUGGUGUUUCAGUUCAAGGAUAAAAAAAUGCUCGGCCUUGUAGUUAAAAGUUUGGAAGCUGCUGAUUUAUCUGCUAUAAGUUCUGGACAAAAUACAGCACCUAAAAAGACCCAAAUGGGACGUUGCUUGGGUGAUACUGUUAUACAGUUUGAAAAAGCAGAAAAUUCAAGUUUAAACCUUGUUGGUAAAGCAAAGGGGAAAGUCGUUCGUCAAUCAAUUAUCAAUCCAGAUUGGGACUUCCAAAAAAUGGGAAUUGGUGGUUUAGAUAAAGAAUUCAGUGCUAUUUUUCGGAGAGCAUUUGCGUCACGAGUUUUUCCACCAGAAAUUGUUACUCAAUUGGGUUGUAAACAUGUGAAAGGAAUUUUACUUUAUGGCCCACCAGGUACAGGUAAAACGUUAAUGGCACGGCAAAUAGGGACUAUGUUAAAUGCUAGAGAACCUAAAAUCGUCAAUGGCCCUCAGAUUUUGGAUAAAUAUGUUGGAGAAAGUGAAGCUAAUAUUAGACGAUUAUUUGCUGAUGCUGAAGAGGAGGAGAAGAGGCUUGGACCAAAUAGUGGAUUACAUAUAAUUAUUUUUGACGAAAUUGAUGCUAUUUGUAAAUCUCGAGGUAGUGUUGCCGGAAAUACAGGGGUUCACGAUACUGUUGUAAAUCAGUUGCUUGCAAAAAUAGAUGGUGUGGAGCAGCUAAAUAAUAUUCUCGUUAUUGGUAUGACUAACAGAAGAGAUAUGAUUGAUGAAGCUUUAUUACGACCUGGUAGAUUAGAGGUACAAAUGGAAAUUAGCUUACCUGAUGAACAUGGAAGAUUUCAGAUACUUAAUAUUCACACAUCUAGAAUGAGAGAUUAUAAGAAGAUAUCACCAGAUGUUGAUUUAAAAGAAUUAGCUACAUUAACUAAAAAUUUCAGUGGUGCAGAAUUGGAAGGUCUAGUUAGAGCUGCACAAAGUACUGCUAUGAAUAGAUUAAUCAAAGCUUCUAGUAAGGUAGAAGUAGAUCCUGCUGCAAUGGAAAAACUUAUGGUUUCCAGGGCAGAUUUUCUUCAUGCUUUGGAAAAUGAUGUUAAACCCGCAUUUGGUACAAGUGCAGAAGCAUUAGAUCAUCUUCUUAUACGUGGAAUCAUUAAUUGGGGCAAACCAGUGGCAGAAAUUUUGUCUGAUGGUAAUUUAUAUAUUCAAGAGGCACGCUCUACAGAAGGUUCUGGUCUUGUAUCAGUUUUGUUAGAAGGACCGCCGAAUAGUGGAAAAACAGCACUUGCUGCUCAAAUAGCUAAAAAUUCUGAUUUCCCAUUUGUCAAAGUAUGUACACCAGAAGAUAUGGUUGGUUUUACAGAAUCUGCAAAAUGUCUUUUAAUUCGAAAGAUAUUUGACGAUGCAUAUCGUUCACAACUUAGUUGCAUUUUAGUUGAUAAUAUCGAGCGUUUGUUAGAUUAUGGUUCCAUUGGACCACGAUAUUCUAAUUUGACUUUACAAGCGCUGUUAGUUUUACUGAAGAAACAACCACCUCGUGGUCGCAAAUUAUUAGUACUUUGUACCACGAGUCGUAGACAAGUUUUAGACGAUAUGGAAAUGUUGUCAGCAUUUAGUACAACUCUUCAUGUACCUAAUUUAUCUACUCCUGACCAUCUCUUAAGCGUUUUAGAGGAAGUGGAACUAUUUAGUAAAGAUGAAAUAGUAUCUUUACAUGCCAAACUUCUGGGAAAACGAGUUUUUAUUGGUAUAAAGAAGUUGCUAUGCUUAGUAGACAUGGCACGUCAAGUGGAACCAAAUUAUAGAGUUUCAAAAUUCUUAUCAAAAUUAGAAGAGGAAGGUGGUUUGGAGUAAUAAGUAUAUAAAGCUGUAAUUAUUUGUGUAGAAAUGAAUUAGAUGUGAUUUACGGAAGAGUAUAUAAUACGUACGUAACAAAGAAAUUUGCAUUUACAUACAUAUGAAAUCUAUACCAGUCGAAAAGAUUAGGUACAAUUGUGUGAGGUAUAUAUAUCAUAGGAAUACUUAAGUAAAGCAUUUUAAUUAUUUAUAAAUGUUAUGCAUAUGCUUUAUAUAAAAAUGAUAUUUUCUACUAUUUUUUUAAAUGAUUCUGUUAAACAUACAGUAUUCAUAAUUUUUUAAUUGUAUUUUUUUUAAUUACUUGAUAACAACUUGCUUUAAAGUUCCAAAAUAAUUCCACUAAUUUAAAAAUAUGUAAAAUACACAAUGUAAAAAGAUGCAAAUAUAAUAGCCAAGAUAAAUGAAAAUUUUCGUUAAGUGAUAAUACAACUAAAUAUGUGCAAUAGAUUAUUGCAUAAAUUUUUAAUUUUUAAUUUCUUGUGAAAACUAAAAGUUUAUUUUACAUUUAACGUAAUAUAAUAUAUAAUAUCAUUCAUAUAUAAUUUUAUUAUAUAUGAAAUGGGCACUAUGUGUUAUAUCUGUGCAGAAAUGAAAUUUACAUGUAUCUUUGCAAAAGAUAAAGAGAAAUGCUUCCUUUAGUUUUAAUUUGUUAUUAUAGUCUACUGUAAAAUCAGUUUAUAUUAGUAACAUGUUUUCUAACAAUGUUGUAGCAAUAAACAUAAUUGUUUAUGUAUUAUCGAAAUUUGUUACAUGUAUUAUAAAAAUAUAUUUGUAUGCCUUCA